UUAAUUUUCUUUUGUGAGUAGGGUUGCAGAAGAUAAACGCCACCAGUCACCCCUUUCACCCCAUCUCUUUCACAUCACACGUCGCCUUAUAAACCCUCAAAAACUAUCAAAUCUCUCUCUACUCUCAUUCUCUAUACAUACUUUCUCUCUCUACAAAUCGUCUAAUCUGCAACACAAACAAUGGGCGCUUCGCUUCCUCCUAAAGAGGCCAACCUCUUCAAGCUCAUCGUCAAAUCAUAUGAAACAAAACAGUAUAAAAAGGGGCUGAAGGCUGCAGAUGCUAUCUUGAAGAAGUUCCCAGAUCAUGGAGAAACUCUUUCAAUGAAGGGAUUAACAUUGAACUGCAUGGACCGAAAGCCAGAAGCAUAUGAGCUUGUAAGACUGGGAUUGAAGAAUGAUUUGAAAAGCCAUGUUUGUUGGCAUGUCUAUGGUCUUCUGUAUCGGUCAGACAGAGAGUACAGAGAGGCAAUAAAAUGUUAUAGGAAUGCUCUGAGGAUAGAUCCUGACAACAUUGAAAUACUUAGAGACCUAUCACUUUUACAGGCACAAAUGCGUGAUUUGGCAGGUUUUGUUGAAACUAGACAGCAAUUGCUGACUUUGAAACCUAAUCAUCGGAUGAAUUGGAUUGGUUUUGCUGUUUCUCAUCAUUUAAACUCAAAUGCAUCGAAAGCAAUUGAUAUCCUGGAAGCAUAUGAAGGAACUCUUGAGGAUGAUUAUCCUCCAGAAAACGAACGUUGUGAGCAUGGGGAAAUGCUGUUAUACAAGAUAUCUUUAUUGGAGGAAUGUGGGCUUCUAGAGAAAGCUCUAAAGGAGUUGCGAAAAAAAGAGUUCAAGAUUGUUGAUAGAUUAUCCUACAAGGAAGAGGAGGUUUCUCUCCUUGUGAAGCUUAAUUCUUUUGAGGAAGGUGAAAAGUUGUACAGGGUGCUGCUUGCAAUGAAUCCUGACAACUACAAAUACUAUGAAGGAUUACAAAAAUGUGUUGGGCUACACUCGAAGACUGGUCAAUAUUCCUCUGAUGAAAUAGAUAAGUUGGAUGCUCUCUAUAAAUCUCUUGGGGAACAAUACACCUGGUCUUCUGCUGUUAAGAGGAUCCCACUAGAUUUUCUUGUUGCUGAAAAGUUUCGUGAUGCAGCAGAUAGUUAUAUCAGGCCUCUCUUAACAAAGGGAGUCCCAUCACUGUUUUCUGAUCUUUCUCCUCUGUAUGAUCAUCCUGGCAAGGCUAAUAUUCUUGAAAAAUUGGUGCUUGGUUUGGAAGAAUCACUUAAAAAGACAGGUGGAUACCCUGGAAAGUCAGAAAAAGAGCCACCUUCAACGCUUAUGUGGACAUUAUUUUAUUUGGCUCAGCAUUAUGACAGACGGGGUCAGUAUGAUGUGGCACUUGUGAAAAUCGAGGAAGCCAUGCAACAUACUCCAACUGUUAUUGAUUUAUACUCUGUCAAGGUCUGCUUAAUGAAACAGAUUCAUUCCAAGAUACUAAAGCAUGCUGGAGACUUUGCAGCAGCAGCUGCAUUGGCAGAUGAAGCUAGAUGCAUGGAUCUUGCAGAUCGUUAUGUAAAUAGUCAAUGUGUUAAAAGAAUGCUUCAGGCUGAUCAGGUUUCACUUGCGGAAAAGACGGCUGUACUCUUCACAAAAGAUGGUGAUCAACAUAAUAAUCUUCAUGACAUGCAGUGCAUGUGGUAUGAACUUGCUUCUGGAGAAAGUUAUUUGAGGCAAAAUGAGGUUGGACGUGCAUUAAAAAAGUUUUUGGGUGUUGAGAAACAUUAUGCAGAUAUAACAGAAGACCAAUUUGAUUUCCAUUCUUAUUGUUUAAGAAAAAUGACUCUUCGUGCUUAUAUUGAAAUGUUAAGAUUCCAAGAUCGUCUUCAUGCUCAUGCUUAUUUUCGCAAGGCAGCUGCUGGAGCUAUAAGAUGUUAUAUCAAGUUGUAUGAUUCUCCUCCAACAUCAUCAACCGAAGAAGAUGAUGAGCUGGCAAAAAUGCCUGCUUCACAAAAGAAGAAACUGAGGCAAAAACAGAGGAAGGCUGAAGCAAGGGCAAAAAAGACGGUUGAUCCGGAUCCAAAUGGAGAGAAAUUAUUGCAGGUUGAAGAUCCUUUAAUGGAAGCUGGAAAGUAUCUGAAACUUCUUCAGAAGCAUUCACCUGAUCACUUGGAGACACAUCUGCUUUCUUUUGAAGUUAAUAUCAGAAAGCAAAAGAUUUUGCUUGCCCUACAGGCUUUGAAGCACUUGGUACAACUAGAUGCUGAAAAUCCAGACUCUCAUCGCUGCUUGAUAAGAUUCUUCCAUAAAGUGGCAUCAAGGCCUGUUCCUACAACUGAUUCUGAAAAACUUAUUUCUGGUGUAUUAGAAGCAGAAAGACCAAGUUUCAGUCAGCUGCAUGGUAAAUCUCUAAUGGAGGCAAACACUGUUUUCUUUGAGCAACAUAAAGAUUCAUUGAUGCACAGAGCAGCUGUAGCUGAAAUGAUAUAUUGUUUAGAACCAAACAAAAAGGCAGAAGCAAUCACUUUGAUCCAAGAAUCACUCAAUAACUCCCCCAUUUCAAGUAACGGAUCACUUGGAUCCAUGAAAGAAUGGAAGCUCAAAGACUGUGUUGCAGUUCACAAGAUUUUGGUCUCUACUUUUGAUGAUCGGGAUGCUGCUCUGAGAUGGAAAAAGCGAUGUGGAGAAGAAUUUCCAUACUCAACCUACUUUGAAGGGAGCCUGUGCUCCACUCAAACAAAUGCUGCUGCUUCUAAAGCUGAAGAAAACGGGGGAAUAUCAAAUGAUGAAUGGAAGACGGUGCAGGGCAAGAAGAGAACUCCGGUCUUUCAAAGAUUAGGGCAUAAACAGAAGGUUUUGAUCUCAAUGGAAGAUUAA